AUGGCUGAGAUCGAACUGAGACGAGUGGAGGUAGCUGGUCCUCCUAUUCCCAACCUGAAUGCUGAGCCCAGCGAAAGGUCCCCUCGGGCUUCUCCCGGUCCUGCGCUAGCUAGUCAUUCCGAUCAAUCAGAGUCGCACAUCGGUGAUGGGCCUGCGUAUUUGCGGGAAAACCCGGCGUUGCUUAGAACAGACCCAUGGCGGCCUAUUGUUCUUAGCUUAGAUGGUGGUGGCAUAAGAGGUCUCUCCUCGCUAUAUAUUCUCCAACAGUUGAUGCAGAAGAUUAAAAGCGAAGAAAAAAGGCUGGACGAAGCGCAACAUCAAAACCCGGAUUCGGAUGAGGUUCGCCCCGUAUUGACAUCAGCUUCUUCGUCUGGGUUGCAAGGUGUAGCCACACGACAGAAUGCGGGCGAAGACAGUCAAGACCGAAGACUUUGCCAUUACUUCGAUUUCAUGGUCGGAACGAGCACAGGGGGGUAA